GAAUGAUUCGAUGUGAUUUUAAUGCUCGUCCAGCCAAUAUCAGCAGGAGCACAAACACAUCGUCCUUCUCCACCCCACUGCCUCUUGAGCCAUGGCGCUGCACGCAUUUGAGCUGCUGCAGCUGCUUCCGGCUGUGGCCAACAACAAGGCCUCUGUUGUUGCCAGUGCCCUUGAUAUGUGGGAAGAUUCACUGUGGAUUGGCACAAAUGAAGGACAUAUCGUGUACCAUCACUUGACUUCGGAGCUGUCAUCGGGGCAGACCAAGACCAUCAAGUGCAACUACAAGAAGCAAACCACUAUCAUCCCCCACAAGCCCAUCACCCAGCUCACGGUGGCUCCACGGCAGCGCAAGCUGCUGGUGCUGUCAGAGUCCUGCCUGUACAUCCUCUUCAUGGACAAUCUCAACCACAUGGAAUCCCACAAGCAUGUGCAGCUCAAAAACGUCAGCCGAUUCUGCGUCGAUCGCUCGCACGACCCAACAGAGGACGGCGUUUUCGAGAUCACAGUGGUGUUCAAGAAAGGGGCCAUCAAGUCGUAUGAGCUCGUGGGCAAUGUCCUCACACCAAACAAGCGUCUCAAGGAAUUCAGAGAGGCGCAGGAGAUCCUCGACAUGGAGCGGGAAGGGCGGGCGCUGCUUGUCGCCCAGCGCGACGCGUAUUACCGCAUUGACCUGCUCACCACCAGCAAGAAGCACAUCACCAACGUCGGCACCGCCACCCCGCGCGUCAAGUGGCUCCAGCAGAACGAGUUCCUUGUUGUUCACGGCGCUGGUGCGCAGGCGCUGGCCAUCUGCAUCCAGGCCAACGGAGAACCGCUGCGAAGCCCCAUGCAGUGGGUGGAGGGGCCCACGUCCAUCGCCUUCACGUACCCUUAUGUCGUUGGCAUGUAUCCCUCUGUUGGCACCCUCUCCGUCUUCUCCAUCCUCGACCUCGCGCCCGUGCAAGUGUUCGACUGCAAGGAGCCGACAAUGCUGUUUGACGUCGCGGACGGGCAGAUUCUCGUUGCUCGCGGCCGCUCCGUUCUCCUCCUCGCCCUCACCUCCUUCCAUGCUCAGAUCUCCCACCUCAUCAGCGAGGGACUGGUUGACGAGGCAUUGACACUCAUGGAGGCGACGAUUUCGAAAGAGCUUGAGGAAGUGGAUGAUGCCAACGAGGCCGACGAAAUCAAGAAAAAGCGGCGGCGGUUGCGGCGCGAUGCUGGUUUGGCGCUGCUGGGACAACGAAACUUCAAGCGGGGGUUUGAGCUCUUGCAGAAGGCGCUCACCCCUCCAGGCGCGUUGCUGCCGCUGUUCCCGCUGCUGUCGACGGGAGCGCUCAAAGUGAAACAGACGCGCAUCUCGGCCUCCGCCCCAUUCUCCUCCAUCGACGACAUUGUUGAGUCUGAUGAGCAGCGUGCACAGGCGUACAUCUCCCUCGCCAGAUACAUGGAGGCCGUCAGGUCAAAACUCACAAGGAAUGACCUCGUGACAGUUGACACGGCGCUGGUGAUCAUCUACGCGAUGUACGAGGGCGAGUCUCUGAACGCAUUUGUCGCCCGCGAAGACACGCAGUGCAACAUUGAGCAGUGCGCGUCGUUUCUCGCUUCAAAGAAGAAACUUCACGCGCUGGCGUGUCUGCAUGCGCAGGCCGGGCAGUACCGAAAAGCACUUGAGAUUUGGAGAAGUUUACAAGAGGACGCGACACAAGUGGAUCCAGACUAUCCUGGCGUGGAGUAUGUGAUUGACGUGCUGAGCAAUAUGGACGCCUCCAAUCCGACCCAGGUCCGCGACCUCGUAUUCCGCAACAUCGACUGGAUCCUCCCUAUCGCCCCAGAGGCGUGUGUGCACAUCUUCACGGCCAAGUCCAACACGGAGAACCAGCACCUGUUCCCGCCGCCGGCUGUGCUUGACCGCCUGGCUGACUUCCACACGGCCAAGAUGAUCUACCUCGAGUACCUCGUGCUCACCAUGAAGUCUGAGGACGAGCACUACCACACGACGCUGGCAAUGAUGCUGCUGGACGCCGUAAAGCGCACGCGCCUUGAGAAUGACAACAAGCGGCGCGUCAAUGUUCCAGUGGAUGAAGAAAAGCUAGCGUCACUGCGCCACCGCUUCCAGCGCGUGCUCAAGUCCUCCAAGCGGUACGACGUGGACAAGUUGAAUCGGUUCCUCGACGACACGGACUUCCAUGCCGAGCGUGCGAUUGUGUACGGGCGCGCCGGCCAGCACGAGAAGGCACUCAGGCUGCUGGUGUACGACGUGGAGGACCACAGGUUGGCGGAGGAAUACUGCAAUGAAACCACGGAGGGUGAUCGCAAGAUGCGACAGUACCUCUUCCGCCUUCUCCUGCAGGUGUAUCUGCACCCGAGCGAAGGGAAGCACCCGAUGACGGCUGAGGCCGUGAAGAUGCUCAACAGCGACCUGUCCGACCUCAAUGUUGUGGAUGUGCUGAAGAUCAUCCCAGACCACUGGUCCCUCUCCGUUGUCGGCAACUUCCUGCGCCAGGCCAUUCGCUCGGACGUGCACUACCUGCGCACGACACAGCUGACGAAAGGGCUGGCGCGCAGCGAGAACACGCAACUGCACAAGGAGCGCAUGAUGUUGCAUCAGCAGCGCGUUGUCAUGGAUGAGGAGCAUGCAAAGUGCAUGGUCUGCGGACGCGAUCUCGCACCAAACGGACAAGUUGGCCCCUUUGUCAGGUACCCCAAUGCCAUCAUCACGUGCCUCGGGUGCGGGUCAGAUCCGUACGUGUGCCCCAAGACUGGGAAGCGGUUUUCCACGCGCCACAAAACAGUGCACAAGGCAACGGCAUCGUCAAGCGAUGUGUAGCACACGCGCGCAACGCGCAACUGUGCUGCAAUGCAUGCUGUCACGUCAUGCAUGCGAUUGGUGGAUGAUGUUGUUGCCGCUUGUUCGUCGUUGUUAGACAGCUUUGUUGCCCGCUGUAACAUAAAGGAACGCAGAAGCAG